CUGUCAAAAAAUUUGAUUCUUCCGUUUUGUCCACUACAGUCACGUCAGCAAACAAAACAAUUUAAUUUUUGGAACAUUUCAAUAUUUUCAUUGUUUUUAUUGAUAAAUUUCGUAAAAAUGUUGCUUGCUUUACUCAUGUGCAGUACUAUAUUUAUUCCUUUAAUUUCUGGAAGUAGCACAACGCCGAGUGUAUCCUACAAUUCUACGAAAAGUUUAUUAUUAUCUAAGGAAACCAAGGUGGAAAAUGAUAUUAUUAAGACGAAUGUGACGAUAAUUAGUGAAGGUGGACCUGCAAUACCAAGCACACCUUCGAUGACUUUGCCCAAGCAAAAUCAAACAGUUCUUCUGAGUUUAGAUAAGGAGCUAGGUACAGAGAAGUCUGUUCAGCUUUCAGGUUCAAAAGUAAAACCUAGGAAAGGUGUUGACUAUCAACCUGACAAUGGAACUUCUGUCGGAGACGACAUUACAGUCAUUCAUCAACUGAAAACUUUGGACACAAGUAAACAGAUUGAGGAUAAACCUGAAACCCAGCCAAUCCAACACAAAGAUACAUUGCCUUCGUCUGCCUUACCUACAAGUAAUAUUAAAGAAAAUAAAACAAUAACUAAACAACCAUUGACAAUUAAACAUUUAAACAAAACAGAACUACAUAAGAAGCCACAAAUCUUAUCAUAUGAAGUACUCUCUGAAAUGGAUAAAAAGUUAAGCCAAAAUAAAAAUUUGAAGCUGGCCGAUGUACAGUCAUCAUCAAAAAGUGUUGUGCAGGACCAGAUGCCAUCACCAAGGAAAGAGAAUGGGCCUAGUUUGAAGAUACAACCAACUAGUAGUAAUAGGCAUCCGGGAAUGGUCAUGCCAGUUGUAAUUACGAUACUAGUAGUACCCAUGUUUGCGGUGCUCGGGUACAUGGCCCUGCGACGCGGACAAGAGGCCUGGAAAAACCGCCAUUAUAAGAGAAUGGACUUCUUGCUUGAUGGAAUGUAUAAUGAGUAAAUUAUCUUGACAAUAAUGUAAAAAUCAAAAGUUGCGACUACAAAUGAUUGUGAUAAUACUUUUAAAAGCAAUAAUUGGAUGUUAUACAUAAAAUACUCUUUUUGUAUAAGGUUAAUUUUGUGAUACUCAAGUUGGAAUUGAGAAACAAGUAACAGAGCAUGUUUCAAAGCGAAAAGUUCAAAAUCAAAAGAUGUUUCUAUGAAUGUCAAUUAUUUAAAGCAAUAUUUUGGUGCUAAUAUUGUGUCUUAUAGUUCAUAGAUAUCUUUUGUAAUACUGUUAUUGAAAGAACAAGUCUUUACGAGUGUCUUCCUAUGUUAAUUCUGAGUAAUGUGAUGUAUAGACUUUAAUUGAUGAAUUUAAAAAUACAUAAAUUAUUUAAUAUUGUUAUUAUUAUAAUAGUUACCAAAUAGUUAUCUAAAGAACAUAAUAUACCUAUUUAUUGUCUUAACUAGUAGUUUGUAACACUCAAAAUUUUAUAAAAAUCUUUGACUAAUAUUUAUCUAGCAUAUUAAUUAUACACAGAGACAUUGGUGUUCUACAACUAUUUUUGAAUAUCUUGAUUUUAGAGUAAUUUUAUACCAGCUCUGUGGAUGUAUAAAAUAUUAUGAUAUUUCUUUUUAAUAAAAUGUUGAUUCUUAUAA